CAGCAAUCUCACGUGGCGCAGGAGAUAGAUGAGGUGCAUAAAUAUCUCAAGCUGCACCUGUAAUUGGCUACAUAUACAUCGCACUGCAUAAGGCGGUUCAACAAGGCAUACUAGCAUCUACAGCGGGCAUCGAAAGUUCUCAGCAGAGCGCAAUCCGAAGUUUCAGAGAUUCACACUCUUAGGUUAAGUUGUAAUACAUAGGGAUCCGCAAAUGUUGAGCUGAUUCUUGUAUUCAUUCCUUCCCUCUCCUUUAGAUUGCUAUUAUCAACCGGCCCACGAGUAUGAACCACGACAAAGGAUCAUACAGAAAUUUUGUCCAGUCUCGAUGCCAAACCAAUCCUUGCGUCACUGGAUUAGCCGAAUAUUUGAGAUGUAGACCUGGGGCUGCAAGUACCAUUGUUACUCUCGACUACCCUCGGAGCGGACAAUCGGCACCAAAUCCUCGAACGGUAGCCCAGGUGGAUUUGGCCGAGCUAAUCGAUACCACCCCUACAACCGCUGGGCGGAUUCUGCUCGUCGAGAACAUCCAACCUCAUCUGAUCAGUCUUCUCGGCGAGAUCUUGGAUGUGGAUCCAAUCUUCUUUGCCGGCCAUGUCACCACCGACUUCCAAGACAUUGAGAAAGCACCUCUUCCUCCUUCUCUUGCGUUCUUUCCCUCCCAGAUCGCUGAGAAGGGCUACCUCCAUCUCCACUAUCAGCAGGUGCUAGACCUGAGAAGCUCAGGCGCGUUCAAAUCUUCUUCGUACAGCCUGAAAUCGGACUCCAACGUUCCUCGGAAUGUCCGGCGUCUACCCCAUCUAUCGGGCCGACAGCUUGCUCUUGCCCGAGCGUGCUGUUCCAUUCUGGUGAAAAAGAUCAAGGACUCGUGGAUUUGCCUGGUCCUCGUCGAUCCCCCUAUAAAGAUGGUAGUUGAGACUUUGGGAUCGGGCGGUCGAAAGUCACAUCCAAGUAUGCUUUUGCAUGGAGGCUUUGAAGACUUUGGGCAUUCGACGUCUUUCGCAUCCUUCGGAUCUGUCUCGAGUGACCGCCUACCUGACAAGAAGUCGAUGCUCAGCGACCUGCUCCACUACUUCCGCCACCAACCUCCUGGGUUCAUGGUAGCCAAGCCUCGCACCUUAAGCCUUGGCUACUACCCAAUACGUAUCGUUUUAGCUGAGUGGAUCCUCUACAUACAUGUGACGAGUCGCUACUUUAAGUAUUACGAAUAUUCUCUACACGACAUCGAGAACCGACUACACGAUGGCGACAUCAUUGACCUCCAGCGUUGGCGGCGGCGGUAUCUGCAAAGCCGGCACAAACUGAUCCUUCUCUCCGAGUUCAUCGACUACUGGUUGCAACAGGAAGCCGACAAACAGCCGUGGGUUUCAGUGCAGAAGGAUAUCAAGCAUAUGUUAUCACAGCUGGAGCAAUAUAGCCGCUCGCUCGAGCACAUGGUCCCGAUGGCAACGUCGAUGGUGCAGCUGCUCGACUCGCGGCGCUCGAUGCUAGAGGCUGCCAACGUUAGCCGACUCACUUUCAUCGCGGUGGUGUUUGUGCCGCUGUCUUGGGUCGCAAGCCUUUUCAGCAUGUGCAGAUGAUUACUCUCCAGGACACAGGAAUUUCUGGGUGUAUUUUGCUACUGCACUGCCAGUACUGUUUCUGGUAUUGCUUUUAUCAGCUGUGCAAUGGGGCCAGCUAGAACGAAAGCUGAAGAGGGUCGGGGCAGUUUUGAGGUGGCAAGCAGAGAGACGGAGGAC